ACAACACCUCUAUUCAGUUCAUCCAAGAUGGCGGCGGUGACGAAGAUGGAGCGAAAAUGGUCAUCAGCAGCUUGUUUUAUAGCAACUUUGGCCAUUCUGCAACUCUUGCCUGUUGGAUAUACUCAGGCACCUAGCGGUGGAAUUCUUCUGACAUCAGAAGGAGCAAACGCCACAGACCCUAUCACUGACAACACCCUUAUAAGCCCUUCAGCGCCUGGCAAGAAUAAUUCAUCACACCAGAAAUCAGCAAAAGAUGAAGCAAAUCCCACUGUGGCUAAUACUCUUAGCAGUGGCAUCACCACUGCAGAAACCACCACUACAGCCCCACCUACAACACCCGCCCCUUCCAAACCAACCACUGUUCCUGUUAUUGGUUCAGAAGACACAAAGCCUACUGAGCUGAAACCAUAUGAGGAGACACAAAGUCCUCAGAAGCCCACUAGCACUCCUGAGGCCAAGCCAGACAGCCCCUUUGAAUCAGAAAAAACAUUGGAUUUUGAGUCCACUACGUCUCCUGUUGAGGUGGGCACAGACAGCUAUGAUGAUGAUGAUGAUGACGACGAUGACAAUGAAUACUUGCCUGCAGAUAACACCCAGCAUGAGGAAACCCAAAUACUCAACCACAACCUGGAGGAGGAGGAGGACGAGGAGGAUGACCAUAUGCAGGUUAUUGAUGAAGGCUCUGUUAAGUCAGGGAAGAUAAAUGUACACAUGAAGGACACCACCAUCUAUAACACCCAGGAUGAAGACUCUCACUUCUUUUUCCACCUGGUUAUCAUCGCUUUUCUGGUGGCCAUAGUCUACAUCACUUACCACAAUAAGAGAAAGAUCAUGCUCCUGGCUCAGAGUCGGCGCUGGAGGGAAGGCCUUUGCUCCCGCAGUGUGGAAUACCAUCGGCUUGACCAGAAUGUUCAUGAGGCAAUGCCCUCACUAAAGAUGACCAAUGAUUACAUCUUUUAAACAACUGCACAGCAUACGAAGAUGGGCCAGCAGAGUUUAAGAAUGAUAAAUGCAACCUGCUGAUUUUGCACACACUGUAUUGCUUAUUUAAUGAGGAGAACACUUCUGUGUUUCGUGAUUAACCAAGAAGGAUUUGGGCUGCAGUAACUUUCCUUAUCCUGUCAGAGCAGUCUUUAACAGUUGGAAUUAUGGGUUUUUGCGGGUUGAUUAUUUUAAGGAUGAAAGAUCCGAAACAAUUUUGGGACCUUUUGGCUUUUUGGGUAAGUGGGUGUGGUGAAUGUAGUUGCCAGUUAGGUUGUGCCCAUGUAAAUAUUUGAUUAUUCUGCUGAAUAUAAAAUCUGGCUGAUGUCACACUUGACAACUCUAGAGUGAUCUUUUCAGUUCUCUUAUAUGAAAAACACCUAGGAGACAAGUUAUAUAAUCAUAGAACUAAGAUUCUCUUGUAUAUCAUGAUUCUAGCAAUUCAUUCAAGUGCUCUUAGUUUAUAAAGAUUAUCUUGAAAAUAAUCUGACAGAUUUGUUUCCCCUACUUAACAUGGCCUGCACACGCAUAGAAGUAUUGUGGCUUAAAUGUUUUUGUUGGUUAUUAUUGACUAUCAGUAUCUUUAUAUAAUAUGCCUGUUUUGUUCUACAAAAAUCACCAUGUUUUGUUGCUACAAUAUUGAAAGAAACAGAGGAAGAGUCUCAUGCUUUGCUAUGCAGUCUUGGGGCUGGUCCCUUUUGUUAUUUUGUUAUGGCUUCAAUGAAGUCCCUUGCAUUAUACAGUACUGAUGAUCAUCCUUCAUGCUCAGUGAAAGGCAAAUUCAGGUAUGUUGUGUUAUGUCACAUUAAAGUCUCUGCUUAUGAGUGUGGCCAAAUAUGUCUGGUGAAAUAUUCAUAACAUGCAAAUAUGUGCAUAUCACUAUGAUCGUCUAAAUCGCAAGUAUAGCACAGGCUCUUAAUUGGUAGGACAGUGACAUAAUUUGUGUUUUGUUGCUAUCUGGCUUCAGCAAAAUGGAUUUGAAAUGAAACAAUGACUUUUACAUUGAAGUGCAUAAAUAUGUUUAAAUUUGGUAUCCUAUUAGUAGAACCUUACAGGAAUCUGUAAGAAUUUGGGGCCAAAAAUAUUUGGACAGUUGGCUGCUCAGAACUUUGGGCACCUGCAUGUUGUGCAUAAUCGUUUCAUGUACAAGGAAGUCUUUCAGCAUGAGGACUGAACAAGUGCAAACUCCAGUGAAGCAAAAGAAAAAAAAUCAGAAUAAAUCAGAAUAUUACAAUCCAAAACAUUAGCGGAGACAGUUUCCCAGACCCAGGUCAAGACUAAACCUGGUGAUUGACACUGCACUUUAACUGCUGAGCAGGACCAGGAUGUAGGCACAGACGUGUAAAAGAAGUGUUUACACCGUUUGCUGAAGAAUAGAAUGACCAUAUUUAUACUUUGCUGAAAAGUAUAUAAAUGACCUACAGAGUUCCUAAUGGAUGAGAAGAAAAUUAGCCCACUAGAAUGUUGAAAAGUGUGGAGAAAUAGGAAAUGUUCAUGGUCAAAGCAUACUGCCUCAUAUGUGAGGCACUACUAAAGCCACUGAAGUUUUUAUGGCGAAGACGUUGAGUGUUCUUGACUGUCGAGCCAGCAGACCUGAGCGUGACUCGGCUUGCAGUUACUAGGCUGAAAAUUGCUGCAUUGCAGGCAUAGACAAGGAAAUCUACAUUGUAUCUGGUGGUGUCUGCGGGUCACUGUAAAUUAUUUGCAAGUACCCUCAAAGCUAACAGUCUGCACUUUAGGAUUCAUUGUUUUCAAUCCAAUGUGAUGGAGUACAGAGCCAAACAAUGAUCACUGUCCGGUCACUUACCGCACCGCAUAGCACAACGUACAUGGGCCUUAUUCUUGUGUAUAUAAAAGAACUAUCUGUCCUGUCUAACAGAACAUGAUUUGUUUAUCCAUGUUUUUCAUUUUCUUACAUGAUAUGCAAUUGUAGAUAAAACGUUGCUGUUGGCUCAGUAGUUACAGAAUCAUUUAUUUGCACUGUACACAGGCCAGAGAAUGCAUUACCUUCACGCAUGUAACAGUGUAAAAGUUAUAGUCAUUGGCUGGGGCUGUAGAAAUUCUCCUAAUCUUUGUCAAUAAAACACAAGUGUAAAUGGG